GCCCUGCAAGUCUAUUGCGACCUACUUACUCAUUGGGGACGCGAAAUUCUCUACCGGACGCAUACUACAAACAUGCUAGAAUUCCGGCUUGUGAUUUUCUUUGCCUUUAUGAAUUCUCUUUGUUCAGCCAACCAGCAAAUUGUGAAACAUGUUCUCAUUCCUGGAUCCGAAUCAGAGAUCUUGCUAUCCUCCGAUUCGUUGAACUUAUUUUGUACUCCAACUCCAAGCUUCCAAUACUGGGCUUCUAACUGUCUCAAAGAUUUAGAUAUUUCGUUGUUUACCAAUGCAACAGACCCCACUGGUUCUUAUGACUAUUUUGAAAUUCAUGAUAAAGUCACAGAAGAUUCUUUUUCUGCAGAUCCUCAUCUUAAUUGCGCAUCACUGAAGGAUCGCACUUCAAACUCCCCAGCUUCGUACUUUGCGCCACUUUUCCCGUCAACUCCAAUGCGGCAGGAUACAUUUGCUUCUUUAGCUUUGACACGGCGUAUUCCCAGUCUUCCGAUAUCCUGCUUAGCUAUAUGUUACAAAUCGACAUCCGGUGCUUCGAAAACUUUGUACAUAGCUGUGAAAACGAGCUACAAUUUUCAGCGCUUGUUUUUUGCCUGUUUUGGAAUACUCUUGCUUAUCUCCGCGAGUUGGAUGUCACAGUCAAUCGCUUUUUAUUACGCGACCGGUAUUGGUUCAGUUGUCCUUGGUAGUUUACUCAUACUGCUCAUUCUAUUCGCUCGAUUGUUACCAUUUCGACGUACUGGAACCAUUUUGCAGAGUUUGUUUGUCCUGCUCGGAGGGACGUUCAGCGUUGUCUGUUUUGCUCUGGACUAUGUUCGGUCGUUCAUAAUGCGUCUGUUUAUUUCCAACGCUGAACUAACUAUCGCUUACAUAUGCUUCGUGGCUUUUUUCACUUUCAUAUUGUUUUACUGGCUUCAAUUGCCUGAAAAGCUUAUCGGAUCAUAUCCUCGUACCAGCACUAUAAUGAGAAAUGCUUUGAAGUUUUUGGGUGUUGUGCUCCUGACCUCAUCUGUACACUUACCAUUCACCGAAGAACAACUUAUCUCCCUUGCUUUUACCUAUCUCCCCAUGAAAGACCACUUUGUAAUGCACGGUAUGCACCGAUUCUCCCCGUUCGUGUGCCGUGUUUGGUUAAUUAUCUCCGCAUUUUUUGCCAUUAAUUUACUUGAAUUCACUAUCAAAAUUUUAACAAAGAUCAUCACACCCCCUGGCCUUAAUGUUGGAAAAGGAUUCUCUCAACAGCGUUCCUCGCUUGCUCCUUGUUUGCCUGGCUCCCCCUGGGCUUCUUCCUCACCCUAUCAAACUCCGUUCCACACCCAUUUUCCUUCUUCCAAAAGCGAUCUUCUUAGUGCUCCUUAUCCCCUUCGUGCGAACGGUUUGCAUGCAUUCAGAGAUUUACUCAGUGGGGACACCUUUUCAGUCGAACACAGACGUAGUACUUGCAAGCAUAAUGAGGACAUUUUAACGGAUGAUGAAAGUGAUUGACCUCAUAUUCAUCUAUACCGUUUUGCGAUUUGCAUCCGGUUUUCCUAAAAGAUCACCCAGAUUGGCCCUUCUAUUUCCCUUGUAUCAACAUAUCGAAGUGUGCAGCCCACAUCAUCUUCACCUCCUCUUUAUCCGGUAAUCUGAUUUCCGAACCUCGUUCUGUGGAGGACCGAAAUGUUGUCUUUAUGCCAUGUACAGUUGUCGCUGUUUUUAUUGACUGACCUUGAUGGUAUCUCGCAUUUAAAAGGUACUGACAAUGUUAUUCUGUUUUCAUA